AUGCUCGCCCGCUGCAGGAUCAAUCCAUGGAUAGAGAAGUUGAUCGUGAGUUUCGAUAAAGAUGAAAGUGCCAGUAUCGGAUCACUCAAAGCCCAUGUCAUCGGGGUCGGUCACAUGUCGCAGUCGCAGGCGCUGGGCUCAGAGGGUCCCACUGGGCUCCUCUUUCUGUCCGAUGAGCAGGUACAGAUCCCAGCAGUCCUCACUGCAUCAGCCUGGGAAAACCUCCAGGAUCACGAGGAUAAGGAGUGUUUUAAUAGUUUGCUCAACACUACUGUGGGCAUCCAGGAUUAUAAGAUGCAAUUUCAUAUCAACACAUCUUCAACCAAGACCAGUCCUGAAGCCUCACCAGUUCAACAAAACCCAAUAUUCACCAAAGCCGUCUGCCCUUUGGACAUCGGCUCACAGAUUUCUUCCCACCCAGAAGGGUCCCAGAGAGAAAUCACAGCGGAGCCCAGUUUGUUUCCACCAUUUCAGAAACCCAUUGCAUCUACCACCUCCUCAAGUGCGUCUGCAAACACUCUGUCCAGCCUGUCUCGAGUAGCGAAUCCAGGCUGCUCUGCCAUCCAGGAAUCCACCGACGGGCACUUUACCCAAAAAUGUAAAGGCUCUUUGAGGUGCAGAAGUGUAGAUGUGGAUGUGAGUGUGAUUUUGGAUGAGGAAGAGCAGAAGGACCGCAGUCCUCCCUCGUGGCUGUUUGAUUCUCAGAGGGGGGGCACAUCUCAGCAGAACACUUCCCAGACCCAGGGGCCACCUGCUGGACAGACCAACACUGUGUAUCCCUGUGUCCACGCCGACGGCAGACCGUUCUCCUACACCUACCAGGUCCGAGGCCAUGAGCUGCUGCACUUCAGCAGCUUCACCGUGCAGCAGGAUCUGCAGCAGUGGGCAGUCAGGUACUUGCUGAGACCAGCACAUGCAGAGCAGAUCAGAGACCUCUGA